CUAUUUUAAAAGCCAUCAUGUGAUCAGCCUGGAGUAAUUGCCUGCUUACCGCAUUCUGCAGUGGCACCCAUCCCUAUAGUUUAAUGCAUUUAUUUUGCGUGAGCUGCAUUACAUGAGGUGGAGGACAGCAGCUAGGAUGCUUACUUAUAAGGAACGUGUGGAGAAGCCGUGUCGUCACGCCGAUUGGGAUUGAAUAAAGGAUCCGACUGUUGUGGUUUCUUCCCGGUCCGAAACGGGGGAGCGGGGGGUCGCUGCUGAGGCAGACCAUUCGAACUUGGUAAUCACUUUGCUUGGGAGCUGGGAAGAAGCUGGACAUGGAUUUCGCCCUGUCAGAAAAUGAGGAAGAGGAGGACGAGGAGGACGUGGACCUUCAGUACAUGAUCGAACAGAGUCUGCUGGAGUGCGGACAACCUGGCGAUUUUGAGGAAUGCGCACCUGUGGAGGAGCGCAGGGUCCCCGAAACCAGCCCAGAAAACAAGAAGGUUUUUGCAGCAAUCAAAUCAGGUGAUGAGACGGUCCUGCAGAAGCUUUCCUCCUGCCGGCACGUUUUCUCGGAGGCAGACGGUGAUGGAUGGAUCCCUUUGCAUGCAGCUGCUAUGCAGAGCAACAAAACCAUUCUGGAGAUCACUUUUGCAGCCUCUCCUCAGGGGUCGGGGCAUUCCCGUACAAUCCAGGGGAAGACACCCCUCUUCUUGGCCGUGGAGAAAGGCCUACGGGCCAAUGCCACGUUCCUGCUGCAGAAUGGCUCGAACCCAGACUCACGGGACGAGGAAGAGGACUCGCCUCUAGUCGCAGCUAUUAAGAACAAUCAGUACGACAUGGCUUCGCUCCUGAUCCGCUUCAAUGCCAAUGUGAACCAGGAGGGGGCGCACCGCAGGAAGCCGCUCCAUGAGGCUGCCCGCCUUGGAGCCACCAACUUUGUGGAUCUGCUGCUGCAGUCCGGUGCUGACCCUGACCCACGCAGCGAAUAUGGACUCACGCCGCUCGCUUUGGCAGCCCAGUAUGGACACUAUGAGAUUGUUCAGACCCUUGUUCAGAAAGGUGCCGAUGUGGACUCCCAGGCCAUGGACUCAGCCACCAUCCUGUUUGAAGCCGCCGCCUCUGGGAAUCCCGACAUCAUCUCCCUGCUGCUCGAGUACGGCGCCGAUGCUAAUGUCCCCAAACACACAGGUCACCUGCCGAUCCACCGAGUGGCGCACCGUGGGCACCUCCUGGCCCUGGACCGUCUGAUCCCUGUUACCUCACGAGAGGCGGUGAAGGAAAGCGGGAUGAGUCCGCUGCACUCGGCGGCGGCUGGCGGGCACCCGCAGUGCCUGGAGAUGCUGCUCAAAGCGGGCUAUGAUGUCAACUUCAUGCUGCACCCACGUGUGCGGCGUAACUAUGACGAUGAGCGGCGCUCAGCCCUCUUCUUUGCUGUCUCCAACGACGACCUGCGCUCCACACGGCUGCUCCUGGAGGCUGGUGCCAUGCCCAACCAGGACCCUGUCAAGUGCCUGCAGGUGGCGUUGCGGCUUGGCAACUACGAGCUCAUCAACCUCCUGCUGCGUUAUGGCGCCAACGUCAAUUACUACUCACGCAUCAACGCCAUGCACUUUCCCUCCGCCCUGCAAUACGCCCUCAAGGACGAGGUCAUGCUCCGCAUGCUGCUCAACUAUGGCUACGAUGCCCAGCGCUGCUUCGACUGCCCCUAUGGCCAGGGCUCUCACGUGCCCCAUGAUUACGAGGGUUGGACCCCCUCGGUCAUUAAGGACACUAUGUUCUGUGAAGUCAUUACAGUCUUCUGGCUGAGGGACAUCUCCGGCCUCGUGGUGCGUAUCCUCUUGGACUAUGUCGACCAUGUCCAGUUCUGCUCUAAGCUGAAAGUUGCCCUCAUGGAACAGAAGCAAUGGCCGGACAUAUGCAGGAUUCAAGAAAACACACGCUGUCUCAAGCACCUGUGCCGUCUGAAGAUCCGGGACUGUCUGGGAAAGCUGCGGCUGAGGGCUCCCAUUUUCAUGAACUUCCUGCCUUUGCCCAAGAGCCUCAAGGACUAUAUCCAGUACCGGGAGUAUGACCUGUAUGGCCUGGGGACUCUGAAGGAUCCAAGGUGAUGAGGGAGCUUGCCUGAUUGCCCAAUCUGACUCCCCUGCAUGUCCAUGGGAAGGUGGGCUACACCCACUACCUUCACUGCUGCCAAUAUCAAACAUAGCUGAAGGUCGCUGAGGACACACCUAUCAAGGCUCAUCUCUUCAAAGCCUCCCAAACGCUUUAUGUUAGCAUUGGAAAUGAGAUUUGCAGUCUUGUAACAGUUAGAGAAUAUUUUUCACUUUAACGUAGGUGUAGCCAUGGGAUGUUGCUAUUCCUUCAAGGCAAAAUCCUAAGCUGCCAUUUUUGUUAUUACUGAUUUGCUUUAUUUAGAAAAGACAACUAACAUAUUCACUUUAACAUAAUACAUUAGGUGCAGGUGAUUUCAUAAAGAAAAAUAGCAUUGGAGGCUAAGGAUGACAAUAAAAGUUUCUUCCAAUAUUUUAACUCCAAAAGAGCUCUAAAAGCUGAAAUCACUCAUUUGCAGGAUAGUAAGGAUCUUAUAAUUGAAUUU